GUUUCUAAUCAGACCACCCAUCUCUCUCUCUCUCUCUCUCUCUCUCCACCUGGUAACCGAGACUAGCCAAAUCACCAUCCCCCUACCACCCCCUCUCUCUCUCUCUCUCUCUCUCUCUCGCUCAAAAGUAAAUGCAGACGGACCAAGUGCGUGCAUGCCUGACAACAGCCACCCCUGUCUGAACUCCGUCUUUCAUAUUUUCUGCGAAGUGUAUAGCUAAGCUACUUUACUUUCCCCCACAGUCAGAGAAUCAGAGGUCCAAUUAGAGAAGAGAACAUAGACACAGGACGAUAACAGAAAGAAGCAAAAAUGCUUGAAACGGGAAAAUACCUGAUCGGCUCAAUCGGCCCGAGUGGCUAUGGCUCCAAGUCCACCGCCGAGCAAGUCACGGAGAGCUGCCCCGAUCUGUGCUCCAUCACCGCCAUCAUCACAGGCGCCACGUCAGGAAUCGGAGCUGAGACGGCGCGUGUCUUAGCCAAGCGCGGCGCUAGGCUGGUCCUCCCGGCUCGGAGCCUCAAGGCCGCAGAGGACGCAAAGGCUCGUAUUGUAUCGGAGUUUCCUGAUUCGGAGAUUGUUCUAAUGGUUCUUGAUCUUAGCUCUCUCAAUUCCGUUCGAAGCUUCGUUGCUGAGUUCGAGUCUCUCAAUUUGCCUCUCAAUCUCCUCAUAAACAACGCCGGAAAAUUCUCACACGGGCACGCUAUCUCCGAAGAUGGAGUGGAGAUGACCUUCGCUACCAAUUAUUUAGGUCACUUUCUGUUGACGAAACUGUUGCUGAACAAGAUGAUCGAAACGGCAAAGGACACCGGCGUUCAAGGACGCAUAGUGAACGUGUCGUCGAGCAUUCACAGCUGGUUUUCCGGCGACUUGAUUCGUUAUCUCGGGCUGAUAACCAAAAAUAAAAGUAUUUACGAUGCGACACGUGCUUAUGCGCUCUCGAAGCUCGCUAAUGUUUUGCACACCAAGGAACUCGCUCAGAGACUCAAGGAAAUGGAGGCAAACGUGACAGUGAAUUGCGUUCAUCCAGGUAUUGUGAGAACCAGACUCACCAGAGACCGCGAAGGCCCCAUAACAGAUCUGGUAUUCUUCUUGGCUUCCAAGUUCUUGAAAACAAUUCCUCAGGCCGCUGCGACGACUUGCUACGUUGCUACGCAUCCGAGGCUUGAAAACGUUUCUGGAAAGUAUUUAGCAGACUGCAACGAAGCUUCAACAUCCAAAUUGGGAUCCAACUCUACCGAAGCUGCAAGGUUGUGGUCCGUCUCGGAGCGCAUGGUUUUCGGAGACUCAAAGGCAGUUUUCGAUUAAAAGUGUAGCAUCCAAAAAAUUAUAAAUAUAUAAAUAUAUAUGAAUACUCACUCCAUUGGAGAAGAACAUAAAGAAAUAGCAUAUAAUAAUCCUAGUACGUAAAGUUUGUUUGUAUGGUGAUCAGCAGUUUGUGACAGAGCUAGAGGUCGAGGUAAGAGGAGAUAUACGGUGGUUAUACAGGUAUUUGAGUAUAGCAGUAUGGAAACACGUGUGUAUGUUUAGUGGAUAAUAUGUAUGAGAAAUGCAGCAUGGUGGUGCUAGUUCGUACAUUUAGGUGCUUUCCUGUAACUUUCUUUUCUUCUUCUUAAUAAUUGAGCUGAGUUUGGAAGUGCCAAACAAGUUUUAAUUA